UCCUCUCCUUCUCCUUACAUUCAUAUAGAGGGGGAGAGAGAGCUGGGUAUUAAUCAAAAUUGCUGAUGCCAGAAUUGAGAGCUUCCAAUAGAAUGGAUCUUUGGAAUUCUAGCAGUGUCAGCUUCCACUAUAAUUCAUGUAGCUGCAGUUGCUUCUACUCACCAGCACCUUUGUCUUCCUCUUCCUUCUCUUUUGGAAGUUGUCAUUCAAUUAAAAUGGCCUCUUCCAUCCCUCACCAGAAAAGAGAGACCUUGAUUUUUGAAUUUUCAAAUUGAAAAAAGAUUCUUGCUGAUUCUAUGCUGUUUUGGGGCUUCUCAUUUACAACAGCUGGUUCCCGUUUGAGCCCGAAUUUCAGCAACCAUUUUUGUUGUUUUCUUGAAAGUUGGGAGCUUUUUCACUCCAUUCUCAAGAAAACCUCUCUAUUGUGGAAAUUUUGCUUGAAAGAUUCCUUUUUUUUCAUCACCUCACUCGGAAAUUUUAGAAAAAAUGCUGCGUGUUUCCAUGGCUACUCCUCUGCUUAUGCCGCGUUUGGGGGAUUGCGGAAGGUAUAGUUUUGAUGGUCGUGGUGGAUGUUGGAGUGGUAAUGGGAAAGAAAAGAUGAGGGCUACUGGAAAUGCUGCAGCCAAGAAGACGAGGUUAAGCGUUUCGCCUCUCGCUUCUUCUGCGCUGGCAGAGUCCCGUCAUUCGUCUGCAGCCAACUUCUACAAGGAGGUUCUUGAAGCUGCUAGGGAUAAAUUCACGAGGGAGAUUUCUUUUCAGUCUAAAGACGAAGAUAUCUCGCUUGCAAAGGCGCUACUUUAUGUUGCGGCUGAGGAUGAGGCGUUUUUGGCGUUCAAUCGCGAGAUUGACAUGUGUUCCGCCCACAAUGAAAGGAGGGAUACGUCACUGCUUUGUGACGGCAAAGGGUGGGAAAGCGUGGAUGCUAUGCCAAUGGCUGAGAAGAAUAUAAAUGCGUGGCUGGCGGAGCUGGAUGCCAUUUCAAAGGAAGUUGAAGCUGAGCUAGUUUCACGAGAUAUAGGAUGCCAUUUAGCCGAAGUUAUGGAAGCAGUGAACAAAGUUCUUUUUGAGUCGAGAGGCUUCAGAAGGUCACCUGUAAUCGUGGAUCCAAAGUGUUCGUAUUUGCACUCUGCUUUGAGCUCUGGGUGUGCCAGUGCUAUUUUGCUUAGUGUGAUUUAUAUUGAGGUUUGCCGAAGGCUUAAUCUGACCAUUGUUGGAUCUCGAGUUGGGGAAGAAUUUUUGAUAUGGCCCCCAACAGGGAAUCCUGAGGAGCUAUUCAAAGUAACUUCGGGACACAGCUUGUUUGAGGUCGUCAACGGGAAGUGUGUGGAGGACCCUCGAUCAAAGGCCUCGGACAUAAACAGCCACUCACUCUUAGGGCUGGAAAUUGCAACAAACCGAGAUAUAAUUGGGAUUGCUUUGGCGAAUUUGAUUAGGCUUUACUGGAAGCGUGCUUCAAGAACAAACCACGGGUUGAUGUUGACUUCUCCACUGAGAUCUGUUCUUAAAUCCGAGGAGAAGCUCAACCAAGAUGGUAGUUCGGAUAUGCCUUUGUUGCGGCCUCAGGAGCUAAGGCUCGCCAUCAUGGCCUCGGAGAGAUUGCUAAUCCUUGAGCCGCACAACUGGUCUUUGAGAAGAGACCACGGCAUGCUGCUGUACUAUAAAAGAGAAUACGAGGCUGCAGUCCAAGAGCUCAGCAUCUGCAUGGCUUUCGCGCCAGAAGAGGAGGCGGAAGUCCUGGAGCCGUUUGUGGAAAAGCUGCACCUCAUGCGGCUUGAGACGUCGUGGAAAUCGUUGGGGCAGAAAGGUAGGCUAACAAUUCCAUGACUUGGUUAGUUGUAGGAGGUGUUUGUUGUCUUUUAUAGCAUUUCCUUGUAAACUACAGUGUUUUGUAAAUAUAUCUUUCUAGUUGUAACGGUUCAUGUCUAUAUAUGCAAAACUACAAUUCCCUAA